AUGAAUGCUGUGUUUUUCGAAGCGGUUGUUUGUGAAGUUCGGAGAUUAUUGAAGGAGAAACGUUCCGGCUGCGAAGUCGAUCAUCCGAGUCAGAGGAGACACGACUGUAUUAUGCUGUCAGACGAGGAGGGAUGGUUACUACAUGGUUUGGAAGCAGUGGAGCGUGUGAUUGAGCGUGGAGUUGUGAGGAAACAGUUUCUUGAAGCUAUUCGGGUGAUGAAAUUGGAAUAUUACGGGCGUGCGAAAGAACAUUAUGCGAACUUGAUAAAGAUCGUGAAGUAA